AUGGUUCCCCGAUGGUUCCGUCAUGGCCAGGAGACCUAUGCGCAUUGGUUGGACGCCUCCUGGGGUGACUUUCGGAAGCAACUUUUGGAAGCGUAUCCUGAUGUGUCCCGCUGCAAGUCCAAAAGUGAGGCACGAAGCCUGGAGCGGACGGAGCGGACCUCGAAGAUUUCCAACAUCUCUUCCCAGAGCAGUGGCGAGGCCGAGGAAACGGGAUGCGCUGUGUUUCAACUGGCAGUUCAGAGGUCGGAGACAGAUCUCACAGCCGAUCUACCGGAGGACUUGAGUACCGAGCAGCUGCCGCAGGAACGACCAGAGGAGCGACCGCAGCUGGUCCAAAUCAAGACCGACGACGACGGCGGCGACGCCGCGAGUGAGGGCAGCAGGCAGACAGAGCUCGCUGUGGAAGGGCAGAGCUGUUUACGUUCUGGCCUCGAAGGGCUCAGUUAUCAGGAGGCACAUGCGAUCCGCAAUCGCUUGCGCCUGCGCUUGAACGCGAUUCACUCCAACGCCUUGGUGAGUGGGAAGGAACUGCACACAGCUGUGGCAUCUCUAGGCUUGACCAAGCAUUCGGUGGAGGAAAUGAACGAGUUCCUGAACCUUCUCGCAGAUUUUAUUGGCCUCAAAUUUGUUGAGGAGGAGCAGGAGAUAGAAGAGGAUGAGGAGGAAGCUUCCACUAGUAGCUAUACAUCCAUCGCUCUCCUCUUUUCAGAAAAAAGACGCUCAAAGCGUGCGAGUACCAAGAUCCAAAAGCCUGUUUGGGCCUGGCCAACACAAAAGGAUGUGACGGAGCAUAGCAAUGCUUUGAAGGAGGUGAAGGUCACCCUGCGACGCAGCGUCACUGCCACCACCACUAGCAUGGUGGACUCCGAGAUCAAAUGCAACUUCAAUGUGGCACCAGCUCAAGCCUUAAUGGAGGUUUUCCUGGCCAAAGAAGGCCCGACGCACAAACACAUUUUCGGCAGCAAACGCAUGGAUCAGUUUCGCGCGAUGAAGGAGAUCCUUUUAGCUGGUGAUACCAACCGCCUGGUUGCUGAGCUCACAUUUGUGCGCAUCAACGACCUGGCGUCUCCACCCGAGGCAGUUCACCCCUUGGUUUACAUCGAGCCUUUGGUGGCUCUGUUGAUCAUCGGUAACGGCGUGAUGAUUGGAUUCCAAACCGAGCCAGCACAUCAAGAAUGGACUGGAUGGAUCUAUUUCGAGAUGAGCUUUGCUUUUGUAUUGUGGAUGGAAAUUGCCUUUCGCAUGCGACUGCUGCGAUGCCGCCAGUAUUGGUGUGGUCCCGAGCGCUAUUGGAAUUGGUUCGACAUACUUCUUGCUGGCACCGGUUUCUCUGAUAUCGUGCUCCAGUUGGCCUCCGGGCAAGAGGCUGAAAUUGGCGGAACCGGCUUGCUCAGGUUUUGCCGUUUGAUCAGAUUGGUGAGGAUUGUGAAGGUCUUUAGGAUCAAGAUCCUCAAAGAUUUGCGGCUCAUGAUCAGAGGCCUCAUAGCUGGAAUCAAGACCCUGAGCUUAGCCUUCCUACUGCUUUUUGCUGUGCUUUACGUCAUCGCGGGCUUCGCCACGAUUAGCUUCGGAACCGAUGAGAAAACCAUCGCCAUCGGUUUAGCAGGUUAUUUCAAGAACAUCCCGGCCACGAUGUUCACUGCAUUCAGAUGCUUCAAUGGCGAAUGUGUGACAGAUUCGGGGCAGCCAAUCCCGUCCUUGUUGGCUGAAGAGUUUGGUUUGCCGUUCAUCCUGAGUUAUGUGGGGAGCUAUAUGUUGGUGACCAUGGGAAUUUUCAACGUCAUUCUUGCCGUCUAUGUGGAUAUCACGAUGAGAGCCGCCAAAGAAAAUGACAUUCAAACGGCCGAGGCCUAUGCUCGAGAGUCUAUUCGGAUUGCUCGGACCACGCGAGAGUUGCUUAAGCGCUUUGUGGCGGCCUACCAUGCCUUUUGCGACAUGGAAGAGAAUGGCACACCCAAUCACCAUGGAAGUCUGAAGAAGCUGCCUUCAGCUGCUUUGCUGACAGAAGAUUUGAUGACUGAUGUGGCAAUCAGCAAGGAGCUCUUCCUCCUGGUGAUUCAAGACAAGAAGAUCCAGCGGCUAAUGGAUGAACUGGACCUGCCUCCAGACCGCGCCAACUUGUUUGAAGUGAUCGACGCAGACGGAAGUGGUACACUUCAAAUGGCGGAACUUCUGCAUGGACUCUGA